CACACCACAGGCUGCUCCGCAUUAACUUGUGUUACGUGCAGCAUCAGAUACGUUGUAGAAGAAGACAGAUCGUUCAAGUCGCCGGUCGACUUCUGUGUAAACUAUAAGAUUCAACAUAUUUUACAUCUUCCUUUAGCUUGUUUGCUUGCUGAAGAUGUCGAUUAAUGUACUCAGAGAAGAGUUUUUCUUCCUUGUUCGGAACUACUAUGAUGUUAUCUUUGCUGCAGCGAUCGCAAUAGCAGUAACCCUCGCUCUCUCCAAGGCACUGAGAAGAGAAACCAGUUCGAACAAGGUAAUUCCAGGCUGGCGAGGGCUACCUUUCCUGGACGAAACCUUGUCGUUUCUCGCAGCCACUUAUAGCACCAAAGGAUGCUACGAUUUUGUUAGACAGCGACGAUUAUGGUAUGGGAAGUGGUUCAGAACGAGGAUAUUCGGGAAGAUUCACGUGUUUGUUCCAACAACCGAGGGUGCAAGAACUAUAUUUGCUAAUGACUUUGCGCUGUUCAACAAGGGAUACGUUAAAUCAAUGGCAGAUGCAGUUGGAAAGAAGAGCCUGCUAUGUGCUCCCCAAGAGAGUCACAGAAGGAUUAGGCGUCUUCUAUCUGAUCCAUUUUCAAUGAAUUCUUUAUCCAAGUUUGUUCAGAAAUUUGACUCCAUGCUGUGUGAAAGGCUGAAGAAACUAGGAGAAGAUGGGAAAAGUUUUGCGGUGCUUGACUUCAAUAUGAAGAUAGCAUUUGAUGCAAUGUGCAAUAUGCUGAUGAGCAUCACAGAUGCUUCGUUGCUCCGGCAAAUUGAGAGGGACUGCACCGCUGUUUCCGAUGCCAUGUUAUCGUUUCCUGUCAUGAUUCCCGGAACCAGAUACUACAAAGGCAUCAAGGCAAGAAACAGGCUAAUGGAAACAUUUAGGGACAUGAUUUCUUGUCGGAGGAGUGGGAAGGAAUCACCGGAAGAUUUCCUUCAGUCCAUGUUACAGAGAGAUUCAUACCCAGCUAAUGAAAAGCUCGACAACUCAGAAAUAAUGGACAACUUGUUGACGUUGAUAAUUGCUGGACAGACCACCACUGCUGCUGCAAUGAUGUGGAGUGUCAAGUUCAUUGAUGAAAAUAGAGAUGUCCAAGACAAGCUCAGGGAAGAACAGCUGGCUUUACUCCAAAGCAAGCCUCGUGGGUACUUGCUCACCCUUGAAGAUCUUAACAGCAUGUCAUAUGGCUUAAAGGUUGUCAAAGAGACACUAAGAAUGUCAAAUGUCUUACUGUGGUAUCCCCGUGUUGCACUUGAUGACUGCACAAUCGAAGGUUUUAGAAUAAAGAAAGGAUGGCAUGUAAAUGUAGAUGCAACUUGCAUUCACUACGACCCAGAACUCUACAAGGACCCUAUGCAAUUCAACCCUUCAAGAUUUGAUGAAAUGCAGAAACCAUACAGUUUUAUACCAUUUGGGUCAGGGCCAAGAACAUGCCUGGGAAUGAACAUGGCUAAAGUCACGAUGCUGGUGUUCUUGCACCGACUCGCCAGUGGAUACAAGUGGAGAGUUGAUGAUCUUGAUGCAUCUCUAGAGAGGAAAGCUCAUAUUCCUAGAUUGAGGAGCGGCUGCCCAAUCACUUUAUCGCCCUUAGCUUGAAAAAGACUAGGGAAAUCUCCGAUCCUGUAAAUCUAUCUCAUUGUG